UUUUUGAAGUCAAUAGAUUCGGGAUUUGAGGUUUGAGGUUAUGUGAAUAUUUAUUUUGAUAAUCUUCCAGGAUUAAAAAUGAACAAUUUAUUAUAAAAAAUGUGUAGCAAUGACCCAAAUCACCAUCAAAUUUAAACAUAUUGCAAUAGCUGGCGUAUCAUUAUCGGUUUUUCUUAUUGUUUUAUUCCUCCAAACUCUGAAUAAUUCCGGUAGAAAUGAUGGUGACCAAGCCGAGACGAGUCACUGGAAAUUUCCUGAAGAUUUGGACCACGCCGACUAUUUGCUGAAUGAGGCAUAUAAGAAAAUAGCCGCGCUGGAAGAGAAAAUUAUCUCACUUGAAGGAAGGGUGCCUAAGACCUAUCCUGAUGUGAAUUUUUUGAAUUAUUUGAAACGCAAGCGUAUUCUAAUUACAGGUGGGGCUGGAUUUGUGGGGUCUCACCUGGUCGAUCGGCUCAUGAGUGAGGGGCAUGAAGUGAUAGUAGUCGAUAACUUUUUCACCGGUCGAAAAAGAAACGUGGAGCAUUGGAUAGGCCAUGAAAACUUCGAGCUAAUUCAUCACGACAUAGUGAAUCCGCUGUUCAUUGAAGUUGACGAAAUUUACCACUUAGCCAGCCCGGCUAGUCCUCCACACUAUAUGCAUAAUCCCGUGAAAACCAUUAAGACGAAUACUUUAGGAACCAUCAACAUAUUAGGUUUAGCGAGGAGGUUGAAAGCAAAAAUUUUGAUUGCAAGCACGUCUGAGGUGUACGGGGAUCCUAACAUCCAUCCUCAACCUGAAACGUAUUGGGGUAAUGUCAAUCCCAUCGGACCAAGAGCCUGUUAUGAUGAAGGCAAGAGAGUAUCGGAAACUCUUACCUAUGCCUACGCCAAGCAGGAAAAUAUGGAAGUUAGAGUAGCUAGAAUUUUCAAUACUUAUGGACCAAGAAUGCACAUGAAUGAUGGACGUGUGGUAUCUAAUUUUAUACUGCAAGCAUUGCAAAAUGAUGUGAUAACUGUAUAUGGUUCUGGUGUUCAAACUAGAUCGUUUCAAUAUGUUUCCGACUUGGUGGAAGGCAUGGUCGCGUUAAUGAGUUCGAAUUAUUCACAACCGGUCAAUUUAGGCAAUCCGGUGGAGCAUACCAUUAAUGAGUUUGCGUCCAUAAUUAAAAACUUGGUGGGCGGCCACAGCAAAGUGGUGCACGUAAGUGAAGUAGAGGAUGACCCACAAAGAAGACGACCGGACAUUAGCAGAGCUAAACAAUACCUUAGUUGGGAGCCUAAAGUAGAUUUGAACACCGGCUUACAUAAGACUGUCGAAUAUUUCAGAAACGAGCUGAAAAGAUUCAAGUACUCGCAUAGGAACAAAUUUAAGUUUAGCAAGCCGAGUUAGGAGGAGCGUGUACAAUAUGUAGAUAAAAUGAAAAUGUUAUUUUAUUUAUAUCAAUUUCUAUCGGGAAAAUGUAUGUUCCUAACCAAGCCUGUAUGGUAUGUGAUAGCAUACCUUUCAGUUUCAAUUCUCGUGUUCUCAAGUACAAUUAUUGUUACGUAAAAAGCUAUUGUUAAAGUUGUGUUGCAGCCCAAAAGUAUUUAAUUGUCCGGGUGUUAAACAGGGCGUGUUUAGGUGGAGAAGUCGGAGUUUGAAAUAAAAACUAUUGUGCGCAGCAUCAACUUGGGCGUUUGUGAUUGAACCAGAGAAUUUUUAAUAAUUUCUUUUUGUGCAAUAUAUUGUCUAAUAUUCUUAUUAGAUAUCAAUAAAUGCUCUUGUUGACUUAGGUAGCACUCUACACAACACCAUUUUAUACUGCAACUAUGAACGUGUAUAGUAUGAAAAUUAAACAAAUAAUUGUUUUGUUUAUAA